CUAUAUAUAGCCUUCACUGCAAUUAAAUUUUCUCACACCUCUCCAACAAAUAGCAAUGGAUUCCUCAAAUCUCACAUCUCUUUCCGUCGCCCUUCUCAUUACCCUCUCCGCCAUCUCCGGCGCCACCGCCGCCGUAUUCACCGUCCGGAACAACUGCCCCUACACCGUCUGGGCAGCCGCCACUCCAGUGGGCGGCGGCCGCCGGCUCAACCGUGGCGAGUCCUGGACCUUCAACGUCCCCGCCGGCACCCGCGGCGGCCGAGUCUGGGGCCGAACCGGCUGCUCCUUCGACGGCGCCGGUCGAGGCCGCUGCCAGACCGGCGACUGCGCCGGCGCCCUCGAGUGCCGCCUCUCUGGCCAGAAGCCCCUAACCCUAGCCGAAUACACCCUCGGCAGCGGCGGCGCUCGCGAUUUCUACGACAUCUCGGUUAUCGACGGCUUCAACCUUCGGAUGGAAUUCAGCGGCGGAUCCGACGGCUGCAACCAGCGGACGCUGCGGUGCGCGGCGGACAUUAUCGGGCAGUGCCCGUCGGAGCUGAGGAUUCCGAACGGGUGCAAUGAUCCCUGCACUGUGUUCAGGACCAAUGAGUACUGUUGCAAUACCGGUCCGUGCGGACCGACUCGGUUCUCCCGGUUUUUCAAGGACCGGUGCCCUGAUGCGUACAGCUACCCUAAGGAUAAUACAGCAACUAAGAGCUGCCCUGGAGGGACAAAUUACAACGUCGUUUUCUGCCCUUAGAUCGAUCCGUGUUUGGACGGUCCGGAUUUGAUUUUAAUUCACGUCUCUGACCUAUAGAAUCUAUGCAAGAAUAAAUAACUAAUGAUGUGUAAUAACAUUUCCGAUGGAAAUGAACCAUACGUUGCAAUAAUAUACUCUCGAAAUGAUGUAAGUUUUUCGUUUUUUAA